AUGGACUAUGCAAUGCGAGACGACGAGGUCUGUGCGGCUCCCACGGACUCGGAGCUCGCAAACGGUCCGACGUUUGAGGACUUGGCCAUUGACGACAGCCUGAGUGACCUCCAGCGCGUGACCAAGUACGUGUGCAGCAACAUUGCGCUCCAGCGCGUGAUCCACGUGAAAAUGCUGCACGAAACGGCGCGGUCCGUGGGGUUCCACGCCACGUGUGACCGGCUGCUGCCGCUGCUGCCGCCGCUCGUGUGCGACGUCGAGUACGUUGUGCGGCAGCACGUGGCGCUGCAGUUCCCGUUGUUGUGCCAGUUCCUCGUUGAGGCAGAGCCGCACGUGGGCUACCGCGUGAUGCUGGACAAACUCUUGCCUCUGGUGACGAAGCUCGUGUCGGACGAUCAGCACGAAGUGCGCUCGGCAGCGAGCGAGAGUCUCGUGGACAUGGCUGCACUCGUCAAGCUCGAAGACCAGGGACAGCACAUGCUCACGAUCGUGUUGCCGCUCGCACACGAUGACGACAAUGAACAGUUUCGUAUUUCGGCCGUCGCGCUGUACAAUGGACUGGCGGAACAUUUUGGCCCCGAGUUGUGUCAGCAGUUUUGUGUCCCAGAGCUCAUAUCGCUGUCAGAAGACCCGGUGUUUCGAGUUCGUAAAUCGACAGUGCUGAGUUUUCCGAAUGUGUGCAAGACAGCAGGCAUGGAGCUGAGUCGAGAGCGAUUGAUUCCUGCGUUUGAGCGGCUAGCGAAGGAUGAUAUCUGGGGCGUGCGAAAAGCUUGCGCCGAGUGUCUAGCCAAUGUUGCGCUCGCACUGGCACCGAUUGACCGCGGUCCGAUCUUGGUCCCGAUGUUUGAGCGUUUUAUCACUGACUCGUCACGCUGGGUGCGCAUGGCAGCGUAUCAGAGUUUGGGUCCGUUUCUAGCGGCAUUAGUAAAAGAGCAGGUCAGUGACGAACUGGUGGGUCACUUUGCAAGUAUGGCAACGACAGCAGCAUCACAGCUUGGUGGCAGCGGCGAGGUAGAUAUCAAAUUUCAUUGUGCGUUUAAUUUCCCGGCGGUAGCAAGCAUUCUGGGCGCUGCAGACUGGUCAAGACUCUCUGCUGCUUUUGAGCUGCUGUACAAUGACACGUUCUGGAAGAUCCGGCGGUCAUUCGCGUACUCUUUGCACGAGCUGGCGCGAAUUCUAGGUCAAGCCAUCACCGAAACACAGCUAGCUACGGCAUUCGACGGGUAUCUUCAUGACGUGCAGGACGUCCGGCUUGGUGCGAUGCUGCACUUUGCCGACUUCUUGGAGAACGUGUCACCCUCGUUUCGUGAAAGCUAUCUUCCGGUGCUAGCGGAGUUUGACUCAUUCGACAACACAACCAAGUGGCGUUUUCGCGAAGUUCUGAGUGGCCAACUAGCGCAGCUUUGCCACACGUUCACACCGGAGGCAACCUUCUCGGUGAUCAACCCGCUAGUAUUUAAGCUCAUCACGGAUCCGGUUGCGGUCGUGCGUGAACAAAGCUAUCAUGCUUGUCCGUUGCUAGUAGCUCGGCUAAAUUCGAAUGCAACGUGGUUGACUGCUAUCGUUGACAAGUUCGUGACCCUUGCACACUCGCCUCACUAUCAGGACAGGCAGUGCUUUGUCAAAAUUUGCUCCUCUUUUUUGCUGACAAAGGAGCCUCAGGAGGUUAGUGAGAAGGACGCAGCGUUGGCCCGCGCCGCUCGCGACUUUUUUUCGUCUCAGCUUGCAGCAGUGUUUUUCACGCUGGCAGUGGAUACAGUCUCCAACGUUCGUCUGGUGUUCGCCGAGACAGCAGUCGAACAUCGGCAGCUGUGUCGAGAACACCCUGCAUGCCCAGACGCGUUGCGAGAAAUUCUUUCGACUACGGCAUCCAUUGACGCUGACGCUUUUGCUGCGAUUUUGUCUCGACGAGUGAAAGAAUGUUCCAAUGGACUGGCAAAAAAACAGGGUGCGAAGGGUACCGACAAAGAGACGGAACAAGUCUCGGCAACGAGCUCGGACGCUGGUGAAGAAAGCAGAGGUUGUCCUGCGGCUACAUCAAAACCGCUGGAGACAACAGACGUGGUACCUGAAGAGAAAAAGGCAAAUGGUGAGGCUUUCGACGCUCUUGUAUCAGCGGACGGUGCAGCAACCGAAACGUUAGCUCCUCUUUCGGACUCAUCGCGGAUAGCGUUGCCAGUCGAAACGGGAAACGGACCUGUCCAUCGUGCGUCGUUGGCAUUGGUCGAAGGAGGGUCCAAGUCGGAGACGGAUUCUGGCGAGGCAGUGCCGAUCGGCGAGUCAUGUAGUUCGUUGUCGACGGUCGCAACAGCAAACCCGUCGUCUAUCGAAGCAAAUUCGGAGGCGUCGAGGUCGGCACAUACAGACGCAGCAAGAACGUCAACGGCAACAGCGGAAGACCCGCUACGUAAACUGCAUUUGGAGGACUGCUGA